AUGUCGCGUUCCUCCCCCGCACGCGGGAGUCAACACCCGCUAUCAAGUCCAGAGCGAAGCUUCCGAUCGAGUUUUCUUUUCGACACUCGCAACGAUGAAUUGAGCCACCUCGACGCGCUCGCCGCCGCGCAGGCUGAGCAUGACCGCGUCCGAGCCGCCGCCAUGCGCGUCUACGAGAUGCACGAGCUCAAGGAGGAGAGCGAGCGCAUCCACAAGCAGCAGGAGCGCGAGAAGGAGAGGCUCAAGGCCGAGGCAGAUCUCGCCGAUAAGGAACGCAAGUUGCAGGAGCUGCAGGCCAAAACGAUCCCAAAGCCCGCCCCGCCACCCGAGCCGAAGCACGAGGCUGUCAAACCUGUACCCAGUCUUCCUGCCAAUCCGGCGGAAAGGUCGUCAGUGUCGGAGCCUCGAUCGCAGCCAGGAACGGUAGCCGAGCAUCCGGUCGUCAAGCAAGAGUCUCAACCUCCAGCCCCGAAGCCCCAGACAAACGGCUUCGGUUUCAAUACCAUCCAGCCUGGACAGCCAGCCGGCCAACUACAACAAGGGAAACCAGCGAGCAACUUGGCUAUCCCUAUUCAAAAUAUUGCGCAACCAAAACCUCAACCUCCAGCCGUACAACCAACCCAAAGGACACCCGGACCCCCCAAGCCAGCGGCGUCCACCGAGCGAUACGUGCAGAUCCACCAAGAGCUCAAAAAACUCCGAGUAUCUCUGCAGGCAGCGGCCAAGGUGGCGGGGUCACCUCUAAAAGGGACCAUGGGCGAGUACAGACGCGAAAUUCGCGUCUCCAUUGGCCAGCUGACGUCGGGGCGCGGCGCCAACAAGCAACCUAUCGACAAAAUCAUCGCGGCCCUACGCGAUGCCCUCCAGCAAAAGGUUCCCAGCCCGCCUAUUGAGGUGGGCAAGUUUGUGGUACAUGCCAGACAGCCAGUCGAGGGCGCGGCUCACAACGACGACACGCUGCCUGCCCUGUUCAUCUACCUCGUAAACAUCUGCGCCAAGGCCAUCAUAAACCAGUUCAUCAACGAGUGCGGCGCCAACCCCAAGGCCGCGGACCCGAUCGGCAUCUUCACCGCUCACGUCUUCUCCAUGCCCGAGUUCCUCUGGCGCGGGGCCUCGCUGAUCGACAUCCUCAUGGCCAAGUUUCGCAUCACCUGCCCCGUGCUGUUUGGCCUGUCGGGCAGCGACAAGACGGAGCGGGGCCGCCUGGCCCUCGGUUGGCGCAAGGACGGCCCGGCGUGGAUCACGGAGCAGAGCCACAACGACCGCAUGGCGGGCCUAGCGGCCGGGUACGCGGCCGUGUCUCUGCGUGACUUUAGCCGGUCGUCCAAGAAGAACCCGUACCCGCCGUCGCACUACUGGACAACGCUGGCCGGCAUCGUCAACUGCCCCGCGGGCCAGACGUCCAACACGCAGUACAUUGUCGUGCGGUACCUGAUCGACGGCCACGAGCAGCGGUUCUUCAACUUCUUCGGCAACGCAGCCCUAGCGGCGCUCCGGCUCGCGCUGGUCGAGUUUCCCAAGAGGGCGCCAGGCAACUCCCCGGCCGCCGGGUCGCUGCAAGCCCUCGCCGAGGUGCUCAAGUCAACGAGCGGCCUGAUACUAGCAUGA